AUGGCAUCUGAAUCUACCAUGAAGUCCCCCAUUUGUUUAGUGGAAAACUGGAAUGAGCAACUGACAGUGAAUUCAGAAGCCUUGAGGAUUCUUGACAAGAUAUGUCAACCUGUGGUGGUGGUGGCCAUUGUAGGGACAUAUCGUACGGGGAAAUCCUACCUCAUGAAUCAACUUGCAGGACAGAACCAUGGCUUCCCUCUGGGUUCCACAGUGAGGGCUGAGACCAAGGGUAUCUGGAUGUGGUGUGUGCCCCACCCCAGCAAGCCAAACCACACCCUGGUCCUCCUGGACACUGAGGGCCUGGGGGAUGUGGAAAAGGGUGACCCUAAGAAUGACUCCUGGAUCUUUGCCCUGGCUGUGCUUCUCAGCAGCACAUUUGUCUACAACAGCAUGGGCAUCAUCGACCAACAUGCCCUGGAGCAGCUACACUAUGUGACUGAACUAACAACACUAAUCAGGGCAAAAUCUGACCCCACACCAGAUGAAGUAGAGGACUCCUCUGAGUUUGUAAGAUUCUUUCCAGACUUUGUUUGGACUGUUCGAGAUUUCACACUGGAACUGAAGUUGGAUGGACACCCCAUCACAGAAGAUGAGUACCUGGAGAAUGCUUUGAAGCUGAUUUCAGGAAACAAUAAAAAAAUCCAAAAAUCCAAUAACUCUAGAGAGAGUAUUAGAUGUUUCUUUCCGAAACGAAAGUGCUUUGUCUUUGACUGGCCUACAAAUGACAGAAGCCUGUUGUCCCACAUUGAUAAAGUUCCACAAAACCAGCUGGAAAAGAAUUUUCAGGUGCAAUCAAAGAACUUCUGUUCCUAUGUCUUCACCAAUGCAAAGACCAAGACCCUGAGAGGGGGAAUCAUUGUCACUGGAAAUCGGUUGGGGACUCUGGUGGAAACCUACGUGAAUGCCAUCAACAAAGGAACCAUUCCUUGCUUGGAGAAUGCAGUGAUCACUCUGGCCCAGCGUGAGAACUCAGCAGCUGUGCAGAAGGCAGCAGACCACUACAGUGAGCAGAUGGCCCAGCGGGUGCAGUUCCCCACAGACACUCUCCAGGAGCUGCUGGAGGUGCACACAGCCUGUGAGAAGGAAGCCAUCGCAGUCUUCAUGGAGCACUCCUUCAAGGACGACAAUCAUGAGUUCCAGAAGAAGCUUAUUGAAAUCACAGAGAGAAAGAAGGAAGCUCUCUUGCUGCGGAAUGAAGAUGCAUCUGUCAAAUACUGUCAGGCUCAGCUGGAGCAGCUUUCAGAGGCCCUGAUGCAAAGCAUCUCAAGAGGAGCGUUCUCUGUUCCUGGAGGCCACAGUCUCUACUUAGAAGCAAAGAAUAAGGUGGAAUUUGACUACAAGCUUCUGCCCAGGAAAGGAGUGAAGGCAAUGGAGGUCCUCCAGAGCUUCCUACAGUCACAGUCUAUCAUAGAAAAAUCCAUCCUGCAGUCAGAUGAAGCCCUCACUAAGGGAGAGAAGGCCAUAGCAGCCGAGCGGGCCACGAAGGAGGCAGCCGAGAAGGAGCAGGAGCUGCUAAAACAGCAGCAGAAGGAGCAGCAGGAAAAGAUGGAGGCCCAAGAGAGAAGCUUCCGGGAAAAUGUGGAACAGCUUAAGGAGAAGAUGGAGAGAGAAAAGGAGAACAUUCUGAGAGAGCAGGAAAAGAUGCUGGAGCACAAGCUGAAGGUCCAAGAAGAAUUUCUUACUGAAGGAUUUAAAGAAAAAUCUGAGGCAUUAAGUAAAGAGAUAAAUCGACUAAAUGAAGAGAUUGAAGCAUCUAAAAGAAAUAGUCGCUCGAUAUUUUCACAGAUCCUUACUGGAGUUGGCAGUGUUUUCCUUGCAGUACUCCCUGGGGCUGGUAAAAUAGUUGGUGCACUGUUGACUGCCAUAGGCAGUCUUUUUGAAUAA